GAACAAGACGGAUGACAAUAAACCGUUUGAGUCGCCAUCUGAAGGGACGACACGCACGUCAACACGUGGAUGGAUGGACAGAUGGACUGAUGGAGAGGGAGAGACACAGAUUGAUAGGUGGAGAGAGACACUGAGUCAAAGAGAGAGAGUUGGUGUCCUUUACGCACGUCACGUCCUGGCCGCUCCAUUACCCAGAGUUCGCAGAGGAGGUGAUGACAGUCUGUGUUUAACUUUAGUUUGUAAAUGUUUCUUUUGGACACUUUAAUGACUUCUUCUUCUGCCAGCCUGCGGUUGUGUGUGUCUGCUGGGACUGUUCGGUACUACAUGCUGCGGAGCUGCUGCCCCGACCUCCCCUCGGCUUUAGAGCAGGUGUUUUUGACACGUUAACCGUUCGUUAGAAGUGACUCUUUGGACAGGUUUCGAGCGUCUAAUCCGGGAGGACAUGUCGGGACAGAAGCCGGCCUUGAAGAGCGGCGGCUCCCCUCAGAGCCGCUUCCAGGUGGACACGGUGACAGAAGCAGCAGCCGCCCCGGCCUCCACAGAUGCAUCCAAGCCGCCCGAGGAGUCCAAAGGCCGGUUCAGGGUGGUGGGCUUCCUGGAUGCAGGCGCCCUGGGCAGCGCCAUGGACAUCGGGCUCCCGCCGGAUGUCUUCCACGAGCCGGACACGGCGCGGAGCGACUCGGUCAGCCUCCAUUCAACGGGCACGGGACAUACGCACAUCUCCGACUCCCACUCCAACACCUACUACAUGAGGACCUUUGGACACAACACCAUAGACGCCGUGCCCAACAUCGACUUCUACCGGCAGACCGCUGCGCCUUUCGGGGAGAAGUGGGGCAGACCGUCGCUGUCGGAGCUGCACGAUGAACUCGAUAAAGAUCCGUUUGAAGACGGACUGGCCAAUGGCGAGGAGCCUUCAGCAGCUGAGGAGGCAGCGGCGGCGUUGGCGGCAAAGAAUGCUAAAGGAGGAACUAUCAAGUUUGGUUGGGUCAAAGGAGUCCUGGUCCGCUGCAUGCUGAAUAUCUGGGGUGUGAUGCUUUUCAUCCGAAUGACCUGGAUCGUUGGCCACGCUGGAAUCGGUCUCACCAUUGCGAUCAUUCUGAUGGCGAGUGUCGUCACCACCAUCACCGGUCUGUCCACCUCUGCUAUAGCAACCAACGGCUUCGUACGAGGAGGCGGAGCGUACUACCUGAUCUCCAGGAGUCUGGGACCGGAGUUUGGAGGAUCCAUCGGUCUCAUCUUUGCUUUUGCCAACGCAGUGGCUGUGGCCAUGUACGUCGUAGGCUUUGCAGAGACAGUCGUUGAGAUGCUUAACGAUGUCGAUGCUUUGAUGACCGAUGAGCUAAAUGACAUUCGUAUCGUCGGGACUCUGACUGUCAUCCUGCUGCUGGGAAUCUCUGUAGCAGGGAUGGAGUGGGAAGCCAAGGCUCAGAUCGUCCUCCUGGUGAUCCUUCUGGCAGCCAUCGCAAACUACUUCAUAGGAAGCUUCAUGUCAAUGGAAAGCAAAGACCCCAAAGGAUUCUUUGGCUACAAUUCUGCUAUCCUUUUAGAGAACUUUGGUCCAGACUUUAGAGAUGAGGAGACAUUCUUCUCAGUGUUCGCCAUUUUCUUCCCUGCGGCCACCGGGAUCCUGGCUGGAGCCAACAUCUCCGGAGACCUCGCAGACCCCCAGUCGGCGAUCCCUAAAGGUACUCUGCUGGCCAUUCUCAUCACAGGAAUCACAUACAUUGCCGUUGCCAUCUCUGCAGGCUCCUGCAUUGUCAGGGAUGCCACUGGCGAUCAAAACGACACGGUGACCGACACGGUGAACUGCACCGACGCCGCCUGCACGCUGGGCUACGACUUCUCCAUCUGCAAGGAGGGAGGCUGUCAGUUCGGCCUGAUGAACGACUUCCAGGUCAUGAGUCUGGUGUCAGGCUUCGGUCCUCUGAUCUCUGCAGGGAUUUUUUCAGCUACUCUGUCCUCGGCUCUGGCCUCGCUGGUCAGCGCGCCCAAAGUCUUCCAGGCGCUAUGUAAGGACAACAUUUAUCCAGGACUGGGUAUGUUUGCAAAGGGUUAUGGGAAGAACAACGAGCCUCUCCGUGGUUACGUCCUGACCUUCUUCAUCGGCCUGGCCUUCAUCCUCAUUGCGGAGUUGAACAUCAUCGCUCCCAUCAUCUCGAACUUCUUCCUGGCGUCGUAUGCUCUCAUUAACUUCUCUGUCUUCCACGCCUCCCUGGCCAACUCUCCAGGGUGGCGCCCAAGUUUCAAGUACUACAACAUGUGGGUGUCUCUGGCCGGGGCGGUGCUGUGCGUGGUGGUCAUGUUUGUCAUCAACUGGUGGGCGGCUCUGGUCACUCUGCUCAUCGUCCUCGCUCUAUACAUCUAUGUCAGCUACCACAAACCUGAUGUGAACUGGGGUUCGUCCACCCAGGCUCUGAUCUACAACCAAGCUCUGACUCACUGUAUGAACCUCACUGGAGUCGAAGACCACAUUAAAAACUUCAGGCCGCAGUGUCUGGUGAUGACUGGGUAUCCAAACUCCCGUCCUGCUCUCAUUCAGCUGGUGAAUUCUUUCACAAAGAACGUGGGCCUCAUGGUCUGCGCUCACGUCAGGACAGUGACCCGUCGGCCAAACUUGAAGGAGUUAUCUCAGGAACAUGUCCGAUGUCAGCGCUGGCUCAAUAAAAAACGUAUCAAGGCUUUUUACACUCAUGUGUUUGCUGACAACCUGAGACACGGGGCGCAAUUCCUUAUGCAGGCAGUUGGUUUGGGUCGUCUGAAGCCCAACACUUUGGUAAUGGGUUUCAAAAACAACUGGAGUGAUGGAGACAUGAGAGAAGUGGAGAUUUACAUCAACACCAUACACGAUGCCUUUGACCUGCAGUUCGGAGUGGCAAUCCUUCGGCUACAGGACGGACUGGAUAUCUCUCACAUCCCGGGACAAGAUGAGCUGGUGUCGUCCCAUGAGAAGCCACCUGUUGAAAGUAAGGAGAUGGUGGUUACCGUCAGUCUCUCUAAAGACCCAGAAUCUGACUGUCCUUCAAAAAUCACCAGCAACCAGAGCAGCCCACUCAUCACGAUAGAUUCCAAGUCUCCUCUGAGCCUGACCGACCAGCGUCUGCUGGAGAACAGCCAGCAGUUUAAGAAGAAGCAGGGCAAAGGAACCAUAGAUGUCUGGUGGUUGUUUGAUGAUGGAGGUCUGACUCUGCUGAUUCCCUUCCUGCUGACCAAUAGGAACAAGUGGGGUGACUGCAGGAUCCGCGUCUUCAUCGGCGGGAAAAUCAACCGCAUCGACCACGACCGCAGAGCCAUGGCCACGCUGCUCAGCAGGUUCAGGAUCGACUUCUCUGACAUCCAUGUCCUCGGAGACAUCAACACCAAGCCCAAAAAACACAGUAAGCUGAGCUUUAAGGAGCUGAUUGAGCCGUACAGGCUGAAGGAAGACGACAUGGAGCAGGAAGCUGCAGAGAGGCUGAAGGCCCAUGAGCCCUGGAGGAUCACUGACAACGAACUGGAGCUCUACAGGGCAAAGAGCAACCGGCAGAUCCGACUGAACGAGCUGCUGAAGGAACACUCCAGCAUGGCAAAGCUCAUCGUCAUGAGCAUGCCUCUGGCCAGGAAGGGCACGGUGUCGAGCGCCCUCUACAUGUGCUGGCUGGAAACUCUGUCUAAAGAACUACCGCCUCUGCUGCUAGUCCGAGGAAACCACCAGAGUGUCCUCACAUUCUACUCGUAGCGCACACACACACACACACACACACACACACACACACACACACACACACACACACAC